GAAAGAUUCCAAGUGAAGAACCCCCCCCACACAUACAUCCAGAAGUUGAAGGGCUAUCUGGACCCGGCUGUAACCAGGAAGAAAUUCAGAAGACGAGUCCAAGAGUCUACUCAAGUACUCCGAGAACUGGAAAUUUCCUUAAGAACAAAUCACAUCGGAUGGGUCAGGGAGUUCCUGAACGAAGAGAACAAAGGCCUGGACGUUCUGGUGGAGUACUUGUCCUUCGCACAGUAUGCGGUCACGUUUGACUUCGAAAGCUUGGAGAACAACGUGGAAAACUCAAUGGACAAGUCCAAACCUUGGAGCCGAUCGAUCGAGGACCUGCACAGGGGCAGUAAUUUACCCUCGCCGGUCGGCAACAGCAUUUCCCGCUCAGGCAGACACUCGACCCUGCGGUAUAACACCUUGCCAAGCCGAAGAACGCUAAAAAAUUCCAGAUUAGUGAGUAAAAAAGACGAUGUUCACGUCUGCAUCAUGUGUUUACGGGCCAUAAUGAAUUACCAGUACGGAUUCAAUAUGGUCAUGUCGCAUCCGCACGCCGUUAACGAAAUUGCACUAAGUUUGAACAACAAGAAUCCCAGGACAAAGGCACUUGUCUUAGAGCUUUUAGCAGCCGUUUGCCUCGUCAGAGGAGGGCAUGAGAUCAUUUUAUCUGCGUUCGAUAACUUUAAGGAGGUGUGUGGAGAGAAACAGCGCUUUGAGAAGCUGAUGGAGCACUUCCGAAACGAAGACAACAAUAUAGACUUUAUGGUGGCCUGCAUGCAGUUCAUCAACAUCGUCGUCCACUCGGUGGAGGACAUGAACUUCAGGGUGCACCUGCAGUACGAGUUCACGAAGCUCGGCCUGGAUGAGUACUUGGACAAACUGAAGCACACAGAGAGCGACAAACUGCAGGUGCAAAUUCAAGCUUACCUGGACAACGUUUUUGACGUGGGAGCUCUACUGGAGGAUGCUGAAACCAAGAACGCAGCCCUGGAAAGAGUUGAAGAACUGGAAGAAAACAUUUCCCAUUUAUCUGAAAAACUCCAAGAUACGGAGAAUGAAGCCAUGGCGAAGAUUGUGGAACUGGAAAAACAGCUUAUGCAGAGAAACAAGGAACUGGAUGUGAUUCGGGAAAUCUACAAAGAUGCGAAUACCCAGGUUCACACCUUGAGAAAAAUGGUGAAAGAAAAAGAAGAAGCCAUCCAGCGACAGUCAACGCUGGAGAAGAAGAUCCAUGAACUGGAGAAGCAGGGAACCAUUAAGAUCCAGAAGAAAGGGGAUGGUGACAUUUCCAUCCUUCCUGUCGCUCUGGCCUCGGGGAUGGUGCCGGCAGGGUCGGAGGCCACGGCCAGCACAUGUGUCACACCGGGCGCUGGAGCUGCACCUUCAGUACCGUUACCGCCACCUCCACCACCGUUACCUGCCUUAGCGACGCCAUCUGAAGCAGUGCAGAACGGUCCUGUGUCAGUACCAAUGCCG